AUGACCAUACCCCCGUCCUCCUCCAGUGAGCAACUAAUGCAGUUGUACUGCGCCCGCCAGAGGAGGAGGCUCAACCGUGGCCUUCGCCGCAAGCAGCAGUCCCUCCUGAAGCGCCUGCGUAAGGCCAAGAAGGAGGCUCCCCCCAUGGAGAAGCCCGAGGUGGUGAAGACUCACCUCCGGGACAUGGUCAUCCUGCCUGAGAUGGUCGGCUCCAUGGUCGGAGUGUACAACGGCAAGACCUUCAACCAGGUUGAAAUCAAGGUGAGGUUUGGGGAUUGCUGGACUCAGCAUGGCCUCCCCUGAGGUUGUAAUUGUAAACAAUUUUUGUUUACUUUUUGCUGGUUUCUUCAACCUCUUGCCCCUCACGUGCAUGCAAUUAAUCUACAUUUGCCUCACCUUUUGCAACCACAACCCCUGAUUUCUGUACACAUUUUUGUCCUGUAACAAUGUAUUAAGUGUUCUCUAGUGUGUAGACACUAUACAAUGUAGUUAUUCUUUAGUCAAGGUUGUAUUCUAGCUGAAAUGUCAAGUAAUAGGAUUGUCCUGCUCAACACUAACAUUGUACAUAUUUCUCUGCAGCCUGAGAUGUGCGGCCACUACCUGGGGGAGUUCUCCAUCACCUACAAGCCAGUCAAGCACGGUCGUCCCGGUAUCGGUGCGACACAUUCUUCCCGUUUCAUCCCACUGAAGUAGAAUGGCUGCGGUCUUUGUAUAAAUAAAAUUGAGUCCCCACACACUUGUCUGUUGGCUUUCAAUGUAAAAAAGUUUUGUUCUGUUUGCUUGAAUUUUUACAAUUCAUUUGGUUAUAAAUGGCCAUAUUGGAGUUAUGCAAAUAUGUGGACUUGAUUAACUGCCCAAUGGUUUUGUUUUAACAAAUCUGGGCGCUUGUGCCAAUGUGUGAAAUGAAUUGGGUCCAGUUUUUGUGAUUGUUGCAUGGGCUGGUGCAUGUCUAGUGAACUGGGAAUUGUAUAAAAGAAAUAUAGACCUUUUAUACAGUCAUUGACAAUAUCGAUUUGAAUUGAAUAUCUUCAUCUGUUUCAAAGUUAUUGGAGAGACUGCAUUUCCAAUGCAAUAAUAUCGAGUAAUUUAGAGCUUCGGGAAACUACUUUCAAUACCCGAUGGUUACAAUAGAAUGAAUACAAUUUGAUAUUUAUAAUAAGG